GGGGCUAUCGCGGGCUGGGGGCGGGGCCGGAAGCCCUUUCCUCGUGACUGCGCCACGUCUGAGGCGGCUGUGGCCGCGUCGGUGUCGGCGUCGAGGAGCCGGGGCAGGGCACGAUGGCGGACUGGGCUCGGGCUCAGAGCCCGGGCGCUGUGGAAGAGAUUCUAGACCGGGAGAACAAGCGAAUGGCUGACAGCCUGGCCUCCAAAGUCACCAGGCUCAAAUCGCUCGCCCUGGACAUCGAUAGGGAUGCAGAGGAUCAGAACCGGUACCUGGAUGGCAUGGACUCGGAUUUCACAAGCACGACCGGCCUGCUUACAGGGAGCAUGAAGCGCUUUUCCACAAUGGCAAGGUCCGGACGAGACAACCGGAAGCUUCUAUGUGGCAUGGCCGUGGGUCUAAUUGUGGCCUUCUUCAUCCUCUCCUACUUCUUGUCAAGGGCAAGGACGUGAGCCAGUGGGAGCUGGUGUCUGUGGGUGCCAAGGGCAGCCAGGGUCUUCCCUGCCUGGUGUCUUGGGCUCCAGAGGACUUACCUACAAAAUACUCCUUUGCAAUUAUAAUCGUGGGUCAGGAAUCUUCUUCCUGUGUGGCAGGAGGCUGCAGCUGCCUGUGACCUGAUGAGCUCAUGUUGGCUGGUCCCAUGUGUGGAAGGGACUCUCUCGGGGAAACCAAGGCCCAGCCCCUCCCGCUUCCCCCAGGUGCUAGAGACCCAGGCAGAGCUGGGGCCACAGCAUGUCUGGAGGAGCCAGGUCUGAGCAGAGCAGAUGUUGAAUCCCAGACAUGGCCACUUGUGGCUUGCAGCCUUUCUCCCAGCGCUUGGGACUCUGACAUCUUAAGGCUCCACGGUCGUGUCCUUGUCUGGGUGAGGCCAUGUCUGUGAUCCAGGGUUCCUGGAACUGACACAGAAAGGGGCUGUGAACCCUAAGUGGGUGUCAUCUCCUCCGACUGAGGCUUCUCAGCCUGGAGAUGGCAGUUACUCCUGGCCAUGGUUGCUGAGCACGGGCAGACCAGUGCAGGCCACCCUGCUGUAAGUUAUCUGCGCCUACGAUGAAGUGAGACCCCUGGGGAGAGCUGGGGCUGUGGAUGAAGGGGUGGACUGCAGCCUUGGCCACUGGGCUGGGAUCCUUCUGGGUCAUGUGACUGUGUAUCCAGGAGCAGAAACUUGUAUUCUCAGGAUUCAGGAUCUACCCAGCACCAAAGAUGUAUUUUCAGGAGAACAGACCUAGAAAUGGGCCUGUCUGGCAUUUCAGAGUCAGGCAAAGCAGGCAGGGCCGGGGAGCUUCUGUGGGUCUACACAAGAAGGUUCCUGUGAGGGCUAUCAGUUGUUGCCGUUUAGCUUGCUGGUAACUUUGGCGCCUCCGCCAAGCCCUGCCAGACUCCCCUGGCUGUGAUGGCGUUCUGUGCCGUCCUCCUUGUCCCCAGCCUCUGCAGGAUGCCCUCCCUACCCACCUCUCCCUGGGCCUUCUCUGUCCACUGGGCUGGGCUCAUGUUCAAACUGCUGGACUGGCAGGGCAACGACUUCUUCCCACCUCAAGAUGAGGUCCUCGCCCCUUGUCUUGGCAUAAAAACACCUUUAAAGCAUGA